CCCUCCGCGGUCAAUCCCCAUCCACAGCACGCCCCUCUCUCCCCGACCUCGAGCAUCCGCCGUCGACGUCAUCCCCACCCGCCGCCGCCGCCGCCUUCUCACCGGAGCUCGGCUUUCGCCCGGGAGACAGACAAAACCGUCCUGCUGCUGCUCGGCUCUCGGGAGCAGGCGGUUCCCCCAAAUCUCCCACAUCCUGCUCCUGCUAAUGGCUGCUUCUUCCCCCAAAUCCCUACCCUAAAAACUCUGCUGCUGCCGCUGCAUAGGCCAUGGGUACUGACGCCGUUCGCACCCCCUCUGCGCGCCGCGCAGCCCGAACCCGCAGCGCAUCGUCGGGUGGGGAAACACCAACGGAGAGCUCCGGCCGUAGGCGCUCCAAGCAAGCCGCCGUAACUGGCGAGCGCGGUGGUCGGCGCCGACCCGCUGCCGGCGGUGAGCUUCUCAAAAGCCCUCGCUCUGGCCGCCCCAAGAACCAACCAUCACCGCCACCGCAGGAGGAGGAAGAGGGAAACCAUGGAAGCGCGCGCUAUGACUGCACUUUUCAGGAUGAGGGAGGCCAUGAUUUUGCACCGCCAGAGCUUGUCUGGGGCAAGGUGCGGAGUCACCCAUGGUGGCCGGGCCAGGUGUUUGAUGCUGCAGAUGCUUCCAAGCUUGCGCUGAAGCAUACCAGGGCAGGCGCUCCCCUUGUCGCCUAUUUCUGGGACAAGACCUUCGCUUGGAGCGAUGCCUCCUCACUUCUGCCAUUCUGCAGCAACUUCACGCGCCUGGCCAGCCAGAGCACCAUGUCUGGUUUUGUAUCCGCUGUGGAUGCUGCACUGCAAGAGGUUGGUCGCCGUGUAGAGGUAGGCCUCUCAUGCACCUGCUUUGGUAGUAGCAUUGGCAAGAGGCAAGAGAUUGAGAAUUCUGGCAUCCGUGAAGGGGCUUAUGGUGCUGUUGUAGAUGGUGCGUACAUGAGGGGCGCAUAUCAUGGUAGACCAUUUCUUGACUACAUCUUAGCUCUGGGAAUGAAUCCACUGGCUGGUGCCGACCGUCUCGAACUUACAACUGCCAAAGCACAGCUUAGGGCAUUCAAUUGCUCAAGGGGUAGUAGGCACCUCCCUGAGUUUGUGACCUUUGAGGGGAUUGAGGAUGUUUCUGUGGCGAUCCCACACACCAAGAGGAAAAGGAUGGAUAAAAGUGGUGGGGAUGAUGUGAUGGACAUGGAGAAGAAGCCAAGGCGUGGUGAGAGUUCAUCACGCAAGAAAAAGGUUUUGCCGGAGGCUGGAAAGAAGGAGAUUAUGGAUGGGGAAGGUUCUGUGCCAAGUAUAGGGGCAACAGAAGAUACAUUAAGUAAAACAAAGAAGUCGAAGAACCAGAACUGUGCAGCAAAGAAGAACAGAAACACCUCAAAAGAUGCAGAUGGGCUUGAUAUGGAUGACAAAGGUUCUGUGCCAAGUAAAGGGGCAACAGUUGAUACAUCGAGACAAAUAAAGAAGUCAAAGAACCAGAACAGUGCAGUAAAUAAGAAUAAAAACACCUCAAAAGAUGCAGAUGGGCUUGAUAUGGAUGGCGAAGGUUCUGUGCCAAGUAAAGGGGCAACAGAUGAUGCAUCGAGUAAAACAAAGAAGUCAAAGAACCAGAACAAUUCAGCAAAGAAGAACAAAAACACCUCAAAAGAUGCAGAUGGGCUUGAUAUGGAUGACAAAGGUUCUGUGCCAAGGAAAGGGGCAACUGAUGAUACAUCGAUUAAAACAAAGAAGUCAAAGAACAAGAACAGAUCAGCAAAGAAGAACAAAAACACCUCAAAAGAUGCAGAUGGGCUUGAAACAGUUGGUGCAAGCAAAAAACUGUCCAAGAAGGCUGUGGAUGAAACCUUGAGUGACAGCAAAUCAGCACGCAGAACAAGAUCAACACGCAUGAAGGGAGGCACCCCGGUAGCCUUGAAAGGCAGGGGAAAGGAUAGUGGUGCUGAAUCCUUAAAGGUGGAAGAGAAGAAUACUGCUUUGCUCAAGGAGAAUAAGGUGGGGCGUAGAGCUGGCUCUGCACGCAAGAAGUAUAAAACCACAGGGGAUGGGGACGGACUUGAAGAUGGCAAUGCCAAUGUUUCUGUUUCUUCUGGCAAGAGGUCAACGCGUGGUGAAACCUCGGUAGCUUCAGAAGCGCGAAUCUCAGAGCAGGGUAGGAAGAAGAAGAAACUUUCUGAACUUAUGGCAGUGACAGAUGUGCCUAAUCCUUCUUCUGGUGGUAAAAGCAAGGCUCGAGGCAAGCGUUCUAUGGAUGCAUCAACUGAGAAACUUGAGGAUCCUGAUCGUGAUUUGGAGGAUACAAUGAAGACUAGGAAAAGAAAGAAACUUGACACAUUGGGGGAUUUGUCUUCCCAGCCACAGCCUGUCUCCCGCAAGAGCACUACAAAGGUUGGAGAAUUGAUGCACAAAGCUGCUGGACAAAUGUCACAGACACGACCCGUUCGCAAAGCUAAUGGCGCAGUAUCUCAGAAGAAUUCUCGUAGCACUAAAGAAAGACAAGUAAAUGCUCCAGACAAGUCUGCACAUUCUCUGAAGGUGAAAAAGGGCAAGACUGAUACCUUGACAGAAAAUUCCCUGUCUUGUUCUGAAAUGCUGUCACAGCUCUCCCUAGCAGUAUUUAAUCUUAAGAAAAAGGAGAGAUUUUCCAGUGCAGGCAUGAACUUCUUUACUGAUUUCAGGAAGUACUCGUAUGCUUCUAGGUCUGAUGUUGAGAAGGAGAUAUAUGGGAAGGCAACUAACACUGGAUCCUGUGCUUCAUUUUCUGAUGUUGAUGAGGAUAUUCCUGAGAAAGCUGCCGGCACUGAGCCCACUCCUUUGGAACAGCCCUUGGCUGAUCAUAUGCAGGAUGAUUAUUGGGCUGACAUUCUGAUUAAUGUGGAGGAACCACUGUCUAGUCUCAGAAAAAAGAAAGAUAAGGGUGUGAACAGAACAAGAAAGAAGGAACAUGUUAAAAAACCUGCCAUGAAAUCAUCAUCACUGGGAAAUAUAGAGGGACCAACUGUUGAAGGUUCAGAGAACAAGCAACCGAAUGCAGAAACACAACUGAGUGUUGCAAAUGGAACUAAAGUAAGUUCUGAAGAAACGGAAAGUUCCUCAUUUGCUGGACUAGUGCUGCACUUCAGCAGGCCAGGUGCUGUUCCGUCACGCAGUGACCUUAUCAAAAUCUUUAGCCAAUAUGGACCCGUCAAUGAAGCCAAGGCAGAGACUGCAAACAAUGCUAACUGCGCUCAGGUGAUCUUCAAGAGGCGCAUGGAUGCUGAGGCAGCAUUUGCAGGCGCAGGGAAAAUCGGUGCUCUUGGACCAGCUCUUGUUAGCUUUCGCCUCUCCGACUUCCCAGCCGCUGCCUCAGGAAAUGAUCCUCGGCAGGGUGCAUCGAAGAGUGACUAGAGAGUGUUUACCCACCUGUUGAACCUGUUGAUACUCGGUGAGGUGAAGGAGCUGAGUUAGUCAGAAAAAUGUCUGUUAGGUGGUAGAUUGUUACAGGAUUAAGCAUUCAUAGGAACAAAAGGUUGUGCAUUUGUCAUGUAAACAUGUGAUUGUUAAGCUGUCCGCAGGUCAGAUCAGUGACCAAUAAAAUAGGCUGGCUCUGUAAGAACAUGUUGUAAGCUGAUCUAUACCUAAAAAGUUGAGCUUAAUUUGUCAAUGUGAGUAGCGAUACUGAUAUGCGUCUGGAA